UUGGUCGAAGACUGCGGUACGAAGUUCGAGUUGAGUGAUGUGAUUUCUGUAUCUAAAUUCUCGUCUUGUAUAUUUGAUAUAAUUGAAAAAUAAUUAAAGCUUAACAUUGGACGUUUAACAUUAAAGGUGGUAAAAAAUAAAAGCACGGGCAUUGACGUCGAUAGAUGGGAUUAUCUCGCUAGAGACAGUUAUAUGCUUGGCAUGAAAAGCAUCUUUGACUUCGACAGAUGUAUUUCAAAUGCAAGAGUUCUUAAAGUGAACGAUGAGAGGACACAGAUAUGCUUCAGAGACAAGGAAGCUCAGGACAUAUAUGAUAUGUUUUAUACAAGAAUGACACUACAUAGAAGAGCAUACCAGCAUAAGACAAAUAAUAUUAUCAGUGAAAUGGUGUGCGAUGCCUUAACUCAAGCAAAUGACAAUCUCUUCUUUGAGGGAAUAAACGGGAAAUCGUAUCAGCUAAAGGAAAGUGUUGAUGAUAUGGAAGCAUUUUCGAAAGUCACCGAUGAUGUAUUGCAUAUGAUAUAUCAGUCACCUGAUAAAAAGUUAAAAGCACCAAAAGAAAUCAUUCAACGUGUCCUAAACAGAAAGCUGUACAAAUGUGUGGGUCAAACACAGAUCAAAGAGGUGCAGCAAUUUGACGAAAAUGGUUUCAAGGAGAAACUUUUUAGAAAGAUUAAAGAAGCUGAAGAGAGAACGGCUAGACAUGAUGGUAAUGGUUUUAAAAUCGAUGUAGUAACAUUAAAUUAUGGAUUGGAUGACAAAGAUCCAUUGAAAAAUGUGAGAUUUUACACUAAGGUUGAAAGAGAUGAGGCUAUAUUGAUAAGCAGCAGGGAUCAGGUUUCAUUUGUACUGCCGGAAACCUUUUCGGAGAAAAUUGUGCGUGUUUAUUGUACAGACAAUGAUAGUGAGCACUUAUCGAUCGUAAAAGAAGCAUUUACAAGAUGUUGCGUCGAUGAAGGAUAUCCAGAGCCAAAGGACAAGUAAUCUGGAGGGGAUUGCGAUGUGGUGUGGAGCACAUCCGUCAAAUAAGGAACAGAAGUGUACAUUUUUUUGUUUGUUUUUUCAGUCAAUUUAAACAGUUAAUCCUCCGAACUGGUUUUCCUAGAUAAGUAACAAGUAUUUAUCAGCUUUUCCUACAGUGACAAACUACUAAACCUCACACCAUUUCUGAAUCAAUGGUAUUAAACAAAUGACCAUUAAAUUCAAUGUAAAAGAGAAAUUUCACUUAGAUUUUUUUCCUGCCCCGAGUAUGGCCUCUUGAUAACUGAUUCGGUACUUUUCCUAUUGUCCACAGCUUUACAUAGUUAUACUUAUUUCAUUUAAGAUAUGAGCCUAUGUGAGUCUUACUCUUAGCAAAACACAAUGACAACAUGUACCAAGGUAAAAAUAAUCAUGAAAUUAAAAUAGUAAACAUAUAAACAUUUAUAUAUAUUUUCAACAUAGAAACAUUUAUAGUUUGCAUCAUUCUCUUGAAUCUUGCUCAUUGCUGAUCAUUUCGGUAACUUAAGACGUAUUGUUGAUCAUUUCAUUUAUUCAAUCCCUUUCACUUCAUGUCUACUUUUGCAGGGAUUCAAAAGACAAUCAGAGAGUUAUCUUUUUAUACUAUUAGCAUACUUCAUCUUCCAAAUAAGAAAUAUUGUCAGCGUAUCAGCACACUUCUUUGGUGUUUAAUAUUUAAUUCAAAAUAUAAAACAAAUAUUAUGUAACAUUGUGUUGUGAAAGUUAUUUGUGUAGUUUCGCUCAGAUGUCACUUCUUUAUUUAGAAACAGGUCAAAUCUUCUGGUAUACAUUCAUUUUUAUCGAGGUUUUUUUAAUGUAUGGUAUAUAAGAUGUGUCAUUAAGUUGGUAUAAGCAAUGGAUCCCAUUAGAAAUAAGGCGUUGGUCUUUCAUUGGCGAUCCAUCUACCCACUAUGCAAUACAUGUGAUAUCUUUUUUUACCUAUUGUAUUUUAAGUAUUUACAAUGUAGUUGCACAAUUUGUUACAAUAAUACUUCAAAGAAAACUUCCAUGGCCUUUUAUUUAUUGUAUUACGUAAGUAAUACAUUAUUUUAUUAAUGUUUAUAUAAUUAUUUUUUUAUUGUGUGUUAAAAAUCAAAAUAAAAAAAAGGUUCCAAGAAUAAACUUAAUGAUGAUCAGGUUUUCCUUGUGUAGUUUUGACUUUUUUUAUAAUUAAUAAAUAAUUACAAUACACUAACCGCUCCUUGCCUAUAUGGCCAGUCAAUAUUUGCAAUUUUGUGUUCAAAACUUAUGAUUCGCUUUUUAAUGCACGGUCUUUUUCAGACUUUGUUGUCCAUAUUUUGUUCUAAAUUGUUCGUGUGAGCUCACGUGAAGACAUUUGCGGAAUACCGUGCAUUGAAAUUAAAACGACAAAACGCAUGUUUAUUCUGCUCAUCUGUCAACACAAAGGAA